GUACCGUUCUCGACCAACAUGCCAAACGGCGACGUCCCAAUCGCUUUCUUAAAAGUUCUUUCUUUUACGGUAGCUUUCUUCUCACGUAGUGUUACUAUUUUCGAGACUGACGAUACCAAAUUCGACUCAUUUUUUCUAAUUAUAAAUAUCACCGCUCUGCUAACCCAGAGCAGAGCAUCAAUCGGAUUAGAAACCCUAAUUUUUGGAUGGGAAUUCGUUUGUGACGAAGAAUUCAUCAUCUAUUCUUUUGGGCGGUGAUCCGAAGUCGGAUCAAUUGGUUUUAUUUUUUUGGGGGAAAUUGUUCUGUGCGGUGAACUUUGAGCUAGGAUAAAAAUGGUUGCCGCAAAUAGAGAAAUGGCCGUCUACUGCUUUGAUACGCUCGUUGCUCACUUCAACGGCGAACAAGCUCCGCCUCCUGCUUUUGAUGAAGCUCAGCAUCCACUGUUUGUGACUUGGAAGAAGACGGUGAAUGGAUGCGAGCCUCGUCUCCGGGGUUGCAUUGGAACCUUAGAAGCCCGCGCCAUUAUUAAUGGUUUCAAGGACUAUGCUCUUACGAGGUAACAUUUGCAAUAAUAGCUCAUGUUUUGCUAAAUGGAGCUGCAUUUAGUAUAGGCUAUGUCAGGGAAUGAAGCACCAUCAGGAACCUUUUUUCCAAGUGCCCUAAUGUUUCCAACAUUUUGUUUUCUUUGGAGUUUCCAACAUUAACCUGUUGUGUAUGUAAACUCUCAAAAGUUCUUGUAGUUGAUUUUCCUCUUCUUGGAAAAGUUUAUGUUCUUGUCAAAUGCAUGAUUAACAACUUGGUGUAUCUGCUUUUUCUGUAUUGAUCAUGUGGUUUAUACGACCUUUUGUUUCUGUGACUUUUGUAGUGCUCUCAGGGACAGGCGUUUUCCCCCAAUACAAGCUAAAGAAUUGCCUCAUUUGGAAUGUACAGUUUCUCUUCUUACUAACUACGAAACCGCUCAGCAGUAUGAUGAUUGGGAGGUCGGUAAGCAUGGAAUGAUCAUUGAAUUCACAGAUCCUGACACCAAUUCAAGGCGAAGUGCCACUUAUCUGCCUGAGGUUGCUGCUCAUGAAGGUUGGACUCAGAAAGAAGCAAUUGAUUCGCUGAUGCGGAAAGCAGGUCGUCGGUGCUUGGUGGAAGGGAGCUAUUGUAUUGAAUCAGAUUUAGCAGGAAUGAGUCAGAGGGGUUUAAUUUACAGCUUUGUUGCCAAAGGAACAGUUGUGCUGGCGGAGCACACAUCUUACUCUGGCAACUUCAGUACCAUAGCUGUCCAGUGCUUGCAGAAAUUAUCGUCCAACCGCACCAAGUAUACAUUCUCUUGCGAUGGCCACACUUUCAACUUUCUCCUUGACAGUGGUUUCGUUUUUCUUGUUGUUGCGGAUGAGACCAUGGGGAGGAGUGUGCCCUUUGUGUUUCUUGAGAGAGUGAAGGAUGACUUCAAGAAGCAGUAUGCAGCAAGCAUCAAACCAGAUGAGCCACACCCACUUGCUGAUGAUGAUGAAGAUGAUGACUUAUUCGGAGACCGAUUUAGCAUAGCAUAUAAUCUUGACCGAGAGUUUGGGCCUAAGCUUAAGGAGCAUAUGCAGUAUUGCAUGAGCCACCCUGAAGAAAUGAGUAAGCUGUCCAAAAUAAAGGCUCAGCUUUCAGAAGUUAAAGGGGUAAUGAUGGACAACAUUGAAAAGGUUCUGGACCGAGGUGAGAAGAUCGAGUUGCUGGUUGAUAAGACAGAAAAUCUUCAGUUCCAGGCUGACACAUUCCAGAGGCAAGGAAGGCAGCUUCGUAGGAAGAUGUGGCUGCAGAACCUUCAAAUGAAAUUGAUGGUUGGCGGUGCAAUUCUAAUUCUGAUUCUUAUUUUCUGGCUUAUUGCAUGUGGAGGUUUCAAGUGUUGA